AUGUGGCUCGACCGUCUUUCAGCGACCCAAGCCAACGCGUCCGGGCCGUCGACUCCCCAGCUCACCAGCAGACACAACUCGCCGCUUCCGCGACGGACAUCGAGCAACCUCAGUCCCUACAUAACCUCGCAGCGGCAGGGCCCUUCCCCGCGGGGCUCGUCGCUCUCCCUGGUAUCCGGCGACUCGACGACGUCGCUGCUGGCGUCGGCUCGAAAGCCCAAUGGAUCAGAGGCCAGGCAGAACCCUACAGCCCCGGCUCCGGACCCGGUGGACGAGGACUUGGCGCUCGACUUUGACUUCGGCGGGUUGUCUCUUCAGGAGCUGGCUGCCGGAGAAUCUGGUCAAUCUACCACGAGCUUGCGCCGGCCGCAGACCGCGAGCGAAUAUGAGCAGGACAAGGCCCGGUUCGACGCUUUGCAUCGAUCCAUUGUCGCGUGCGACGAGAUCCUGAAUUCUGUCGAGAACAACCUCACGGAUUUCCGCAACGACCUGUCGACCGUAUCGGCCGACAUUGAAACCCUGCAAUCACGCUCGAGCGCAUUAAGUCGAAGACUCGAGAACCGCAAACGAAUAGAAAAGGCGCUUGGCCCCUUGGUGGAGGAGCUGAGCGUGUCCCCUGAUACCAUCUCCCGGAUAACGACAGGCCACAUUGACGAAGCGUGGGCUAAAACGCUGAACGAGGUGGAUAAGAGAGCGGCAGCCAUCAAAAAGCUAUCAGGGACACAGCAGGGCAAGGCCAGCGAGGAGCUUGGCCCCAUCCUGGAGAAGCUGAUCCUAAAGGCUAUAGAGCGUAUCCGAGACUUCCUCGUCGCCCAGAUCAAGGCCCUCCGGUCACCGCACAUCAACGCGCAGAUAAUACAGCAACAGAACUUUCUCAAGUUCAAGGACCUGUAUACGUUUCUACACAAGCAUCAUGCCGCCCUCGCAGAAGAGAUAUCGCAGGCGUACAUGAACACGAUGCGAUGGUACUACCUGAAUCAGUUCACGCGCUAUGAGAGGGCUUUGGCCAAGCUCAAGCUCCAUGUCUUGGACAAGAACGACGUCCUAGGGCAGGAGGAUGCCACGAGGAAAACGGCCGUCCUGUCUAGCAGCCGGGUUGCUGGCCCGCCACACGACGCAUUCAACCUCGGGCGCCGGAUCGACAUGUUGCGGACAAAGAGCACCUCGGCCAUCUCAUCGUACCUGGCAGAGGAGGACCAGUCGACUCACUACCUGGAAGUUCCCUUCCGAAACUUCAACCUGGCUCUCAUCGACAAUGCCACGGCCGAGUACACCUUUCUGGCGGCCUUCUUUGCGCCCGCCCUGUCGUAUGCACAGAUAUCCCGAAACUUCAACUUUAUAUUUGAGCCAACCUUUGAGGUUGGCAGGGCGCUUUCAAAGACGCUUGUCAGCGAGAGCUUUGAUGCCCUGGGGCUCCUCCUCUGCAUCCGACUCAACCAGCACUUCGCCUUUGACCUCCAGAGGCGAAAAGUGCCCGCCGUGGACGGCUACAUCAACGGCACCAACAUGCUGCUGUGGCCACGGCUGCAGGUCAUCAUGGACCGCCAUUGCGAAUCCGUCCGCCUGCUGACCAAUGCCGCGCCUACGAAACUGGCCAAGGCCGACCAGAGCAAGAUGUCGGCCGCGCCUCAUAUGGUGACGCAGCGGUUCGGACAGCUGCUCCAGGGCUUCCUGGCCCUGUCCACGGAGGCGGGCGACGACGAGCCGGUCGUGGCGAGCGUGCGCCGGUUGCGCUCCGAGGUGGAAACCUUUCUGACUCGACACGCGCAGACGCAUGGCGAGGCGAGGAAGAGCGAGCGCUUCUUGUACAACAAUUAUUCUCUGAUCCUGACCAUUAUCGGCGACGAGACGGGCAAGCUGGCGGAGGAACAGCAGCAGCACUUUGAGGAGCUGAAGCAGAAAUACCAAGGCGAAGCGUAA